AUGGCAGCAACGGCAGAAUUCAACAAUGUCCAUUCAGUGACUGAAAUGCCAGAAGGAGACGAUGCUAAACGCAGUUUCCAUCACAGAAUGUUCUUGGAACCUCAAGAGAAGAAGAGAAGCAUGAAGGCUCUGGUGGUUAAGCAAGCAAAGAAAACCUGCAGCUGCACUCCAGACAAAGUUAAAGACUAUGUUUUCAGUUUCUUGCCUGUCUUGCAGUGGCUUCCUAAAUACAAACUAAGAGAGUACCUACUGGGAGACAUAAUGUCUGGUGUGAUUGUGGGGGUCUUACUAGUCCCACAGUCAAUUGCCUAUUCUCUCUUGGCGGGGCAGGAGCCUAUUUAUGGUCUUUAUACGUCCUUUUUCGCUAGCAUUAUUUAUUUCAUAUUUGGAACCUCCCGCCACAUCUCAGUUGGCAUCUUCGGUGUGAUUUGCCUGAUGGUGGGACAAGUGGUGGAUCGUGAAAUACAGAGAGCUGGCUAUGACUUAGAGUCAGCUGAGCUCAGUGUCCUCACAGAUACAGCAGCCUAUGUAAAUACCACCAUUUCACCUGUGAAUCACACAUCGCAGAAGAUGCUCUGUGAUAAAAGCUGCUAUGCAAUUACAGUGGGAGCCACCAUGACCUUCAUAGCUGGAGUUUAUCAGGUGGCCAUGGGUUUCUUUCAAGUGGGCUUUGUCUCGGUGUACCUCUCCGAUUCACUGCUGAGUGGAUUUGUCACGGGUGCCUCCUUUACCAUCCUAACCUCACAAGCCAAGUAUCUCCUGGGCCUAGACAUUCCACGGAGCAGUGGUAUUGGUUCCCUCAUAGCCACGUGGAUAAACAUCUUCAGAAACAUACACAAAACAAAUAUCUGUGAUCUCGUCACCAGCUUCUUGUGCUUUCUUGUACUUAUCCCAACCAAAGAGCUUAAUGAACAUUUUAAAUCCAGGCUCAAGGCUCCAAUACCAGUUGAACUAGUCGUGAUUGUGGCAGCUACUCUGGCAUCUCACUUUGGGAAGCUGAGAGAGACUUACGGCUCGAGCGUUGCUGGACACAUCCCAACUGGGUUUCUGCCACCCCGACCUCCAGACUGGAACCUGAUUCCUAAUGUGGCUUUGGAUGCUAUCCCCAUAGCUAUUAUUGGCUUUGCCAUCACUGUCUCCCUGUCAGAGAUGUUUGCCAAGAAGCAUGGUUACUCUGUGAAGGCCAACCAGGAAAUGUAUGCCAUUGGCUUCUGCAACAUCAUUCCCUCUUUCUUCCAUUGCUUCACAACAAGCGCAGCUCUUGCCAAGACUCUUGUGAAAGAGUCCACAGGCUGUAGGACACAAAUGUCUGGCAUGGUGACUAGUUUGGUAAUCCUGUUAGUCCUCCUUGUGAUUGCACCUUUAUUUUAUUCCCUUCAGAAAUGUGUCCUUGCUGUCAUAACCCUUGUAAACCUCAGAGGAGCCUUGCGGAAGUUCAAGGACCUGCCAAAAAUGUGGCAUUUGAGCAGAGUGGACACAGUGAUCUGGCUAGUUACUAUGGCAGCCUCAGCACUCAUCAGUACUGAGAUUGGUCUUUUGGUUGGUGUUUGCUUCUCUAUGCUCUGCGUCAUUUUCCGAACUCAGAGACCAGAGGCACCGCUGCUUGGCUGGGUGGCAGAAUCUGAAACAUAUGAAUCCCUAUCUGCUUACAAGAACUUACAAACCAAGCCAGGAAUUGUGGUGUUCCGUUUUGAAGCACCCCUCUACUACAUCAACAAAGAGUGCUUUAAAUCCACCCUAUACAAGCAAACUGGGGUCAACCCCGUCUGGGUGAAGGCAGCAAAGAAAAAGGCAGCAAAAAGAAUGCUUAGAGAGAAAGAGGUGGAAUCUGGUGGCAACCAGACCAGCAUCUCCAUGGAUUUUGUCUCUGAACCUCUGGGGUUUCACACAAUAGUGAUUGACUGUUGUGCAGGAAUACGCACGCUUAAAGAGGUCUGCAAGGACUACAGGGAGAUAGAUAUCCAGGUGCUACUGGCCCAGUGCAAUCCUUCGGUGAGGAGUUCCCUGAUCCGAGGAGAGUUCUUUAAGGAGGGGGAGGACCACCUUCUCUUCCACAGUGUGCACCAGGCUGUGGACUUUGCAUUGGGUGCACAGGGGCACAGUGGGACCAGUGCUUCCAAGAACUAG